AUGACACCCGAAAGACUGAGUCCAGACUGUCCAUUGGCGCUGAUCGUUAUGCAGACACCAAGAUACUCGACAUCCCGCCAGAAAGCCUGCCACCAGUGCUCCAGUGCAAAGACGCGCUGCGAGCGCAGAUCUGGACAUGGUUCAGGCACCAGAUGUAUACGUCGUGGUCUGCCCUGCUCAUGGUUACCGAAACAGUCGCAUGAUAGCAGACUGCAUAGCAAUGACACAACAAAUAUCACCAUUGAGACGGCACAGCUCUCCGGCCCAUUCUCAGUCUCAGAGUCGUCAACUAGGAGUCCAGGAAGAGUGACGGUCAACCCAGACACAAACACAAGCACUGACCCAAGGGCUUUCCCCCUGGAUACUCAACUAGGGCAAGACACAACUUCAUCAAGUCUUACCAUCCCAGUUCCAGUGUCAGAAACAGACAUUGUUAGCAGGCAGAUCACAUUCAAUGAAAGCGAGGUACUUGGUGACAAUGAGGACAACACCCUCAACUUCUCCAACCUGAACCUCUUAUGCCCCAUCAACGCAAACGAUAUCAAAGACCGUUGGAUUCAAGCCUACAUUCCUGUCCCGGGACAAACGGUAAAGACGGCGCGGGGCGCUUCUGCCAUUCAUCCAUCCAAUGCAGAUGAAAGUGUCCUAGGAAGCAGGGGAGAGUUCGCCGCUGACUACUUGUCUGAGGUUGGUGCGGCAACAGAGAUAGGGGCUGUCAGUGUAUCUCUCAGCCUCCUCGCCACCUUUCAAUCCUAUCUCCAUUACACAUUGACCCUCUUCUUCCACUUUGACCUGCACCAUUCCACAAUAAACAACGACAACGACAACACCCAGCCCCUCCGAGUUUCCAUAACAAGCCUGCAAGACCGCGCAUACGCCUGCGCACAUCAAGGCCUCCUUUGCACCGCCGAGUCAGCCGCAAUCCGCACCCGGCCCCGCUGGGAAGAAUGGAUUGUGGCCGAGACCACCCGCCGCACGCUGUACAUCAUGUACUUGUUCGACAGCAUCCUCUCGAGGCAGGAGGGGCUGCCGACGUUCUUAGGAGUGGAGCUGCAUGGGCUCCCCGCGCCAGCACCGGGGUUCCUUUGGAGGGCUCGGCAUCGAAGAGAGUGGGAGGCGGAAUAUAAUUUAUUUUUGGUGGAGUGGGGGGAUUGGGCCUUGAGGAUUGAGGAGCUUUGGCCGGAGACUAGAGAAUUGGAUGAGAGAGAGAGGGAAUGGAGGAAGGAGAGGGUGGAAAGGUGGGUGGAAGACGAGUAUGGGUCUAUGCUUCACGCGAUUAUGCAAUGUACGCAUGGGGGUAAGUGA